AUGGCGCAUCGGAGAUCGAAAUUGUUGCUGUUUUUCUGCUUCGCCUCGUAUUACCUGAUCGCCAUUGCAGCGAAGAGUUACUAUGAUAUCCUGCAAGUGCCGAAAGGAGCCUCUGAUGAGCAGAUUAAACGUGCCUAUCGGAAGCUUGCUUUGAAGUUUCAUCCGGAUAAGAAUCCAGGAAAUGAGGAAGCGAAUAAGAAAUUCGCGGAGAUUAAUAAUGCCUAUGAAGUUUUGUCGGAUGGUGAAAAGAGAGGCAUAUAUGAUAGAUACGGUGAAGAAGGUCUUAAACAGCAUGCUGCUAGUGGAGGCAGAGGAGGGGGUGGAAUGAAUAUUCAAGAUAUUUUCAGCUCAUUUUUUGGUGGAAGUUCAAUGGAAGAGGAAGAGAAGGUUGUGAAAGGUGAUGAUGUGAUUGUUGAUUUGGAUGCCACACUUGAAGACCUGUAUUUGGGGGGAACUCUGAAGGUCUGGAGGGUGAAAAAUGUAAUUAAACCAGCUCCAGGUAAGAGACGUUGCAAUUGUAGAAAUGAGGUUUAUCACAGGCAAAUUGGUCCGGGAAUGUUUCAGCAGAUGACGGAGGAGGUUUGUGAUCAGUGCCCUAAUGUGAAGUAUGAAAGGGAGGGUGAUUUUGUCACUGUGGAUAUUGAAAAAGGAAUGCAGGAUGGACAAGGAAUAGUAUUUUAUGAAGAAGGUGAGCCAAAGAUUGAUGGUGAGCCUGGAGAUCUUAAGUUCCGCAUACGCACGGCACCCCAUGACCGCUUCAGAAGGGAAGGCAAUGAUUUGCAUACAACAGUCACUAUUACUCUGGUUCAAGCCCUUGUUGGUUUUGAGAAGACCAUUAAACACCUUGACGAACAUUUGGUGGAUAUUAGUUGCAAGGGUAUCACUAAGCCGAAGGAAGUACGAAAAUUUAAAGGCGAAGAGGACCAGAAGACAAAGAUCAAGGAAGCACUAGGCUAG